CAAACAUCCUUUCAUUGCUUUUCUGCUUGCAGGGUUGUAACACUGUAUUCCGAGAAGUCCACUGGGCGGAAGGUGGUCAUCAAGCACAUCCCUGUGCAGCAGAUGUCCAGUGAAGAGAAGGAAGGAUCCCUGAAUGAGGCCAAGGUGCUGGCUAUGCUGCACCAUCCAAACAUCAUUGCCUAUUACGACAGCUUCCUCGAGGAAAAGAGCCUGGCCAUCGUCAUGGAGUACGCCUCAGGUGGAAAUUUAUAUGAUUACCUGAAGCAAAGAGGCGGUGCUCUGAUUUCCGAGGAGCAAGUUCUAAGCUACUUUGUACAAGUCUUGCUCGCCCUCGAGCACGUUCACUCGAGGCAAAUCCUGCACAGAGACCUCAAGACUCAGAACCUGCUCCUAAACCAAUGCCGCAGCAUUGUCAAGGUUGGCGACUUUGGCAUCUCGAAGAUCCUGACCAGCAAGAGCAAGGCAGAGAGCAUAGUUGGCACUCCAAACAACCUAUCACCAGAGAUAUGUGUAGGCAAACCGUACAAUCAGAAGAGUGACGUCUGGGCACUAGGCUGUAUUCUGUACGAACUCCUGACACUGAGGAGCCCCUUUGAAGGCAACCACGUUCCGAGCCUGGUGAUGAAGAUCAUUCGAGGAUCCUACGAGCCCAUUAGCGACCACUACAGCACUCAGGUCCGUAACCUGCUCGAACGGAUGCUACAAAAGGAGCCGUCACAGCGGCCGUCUGUCAACCAGCUGAAGGCGACACCCUUUCUGCUGCCUGUAAUUUGCAACAUUUAUCUGACGACUGGCUCGCUACCCUGUGUUGCCCAGAAAGACCGUUUGUCUUCUACGCUGUCCCUGACUACAGUUGGUCUGAGAUCCCGUGCAAGUUCCGGCGAUAUGUCGACAUCUCUGCUUGCUUGGGACAGUAGGAGCGUGGCUACCAUUGAGCUGGAGGUGCCGAAAGGACACGGCUGCAUUAAUGACGUGGCCGUUGGAUUGGACACCAUCGUGGGCAUUACUGCAUACGGAAGCGCUGUUCUUUGGAAAGUGACAGAUCAGUCGAAAGAGAAGACUUGUGAAGCAAAGAUUGUGAAGAACUACCUCAGUGACCGUGUAACCCAUGCUGGCUGUGGAGCCGACUUCAUCGUCUUGCUGUCGGAACGAAAGAUCCUUCUAUCUUGUGGACACGGACAGUCUGGUAGCCUUGGUCAUGGUGGCCAUUUUGACAGUGCCAAGAAACCCAAGGUUGUGGAAGCUCUGUUGGAUCACGAGAUUACGCAUGUGGCCUGUGCGACAUCGCACGUUCUUGCCGUCGAUGAAAGACACAACGUCUAUGCCUGGGGUGAUUCCAGACAUGGUGCGCCUUAA